AUGGUCAAGAUUGACGACGCUUUUCUCAACAAGGCUGUCAAGAAGGGUCUUGACACAAUCCGGAACGGCGAGCACCUGGACCUGGAAGACCCGAAUGAAAUUGGCAACUUCAUUUUCGGGAUUCUAGCUUCAGGUCUUGAGCUCAUUCCGGGUUAUGGUGACGCCCUAGCCGCGGUUCUCAAUCUCUUCUCUCCCCUCAUCUUCCAGCCCAAAUCGGCCGCAGACAUUUGGGAGAAGCUUUUAAAACGCAUCGAACACAUGAUUGAUUCCAAGAUUGAGGAGUAUCACUUGGAGACUCUCAAGGACAAACUGGCAGGCCUUGACGCCGCCAUCAAUGACUUCUCUGCCCUCGUCAAGGAGCAUGAUGAGGGUAGAGACGUGACAACUUUGCUUCUCGGUUACUUUACAUCGCUUCAUCAGACGAUGAUAGUUUCAAUGAGCGAGUUUACGUCUCCUAAGUACGGUGUGGCGUCGCUGCCCUGGUUUGCCCUUGCAGCGACAAUGCCUCUCAAACUAUUGGGCGACGGCAUCCAGCAUGGUCGGAAAUGGGGCUUCUCUGCUGACGAAGUCGACUUUCUCCAGGAGACUUUUGAUAAGCUCACCACGGAAAACGCGACCAUCUCACAUGCAGAAAUUGCUUCGCGUCACAAACUAUUUCUCGAGAAUCUCAUGCUAGACGACACCAGGAUGAGUGAUGUGCCUACAGAGACACUCGAGAAAUGGAGAUCUGUGCACGAAUACCUUGCUACGAUGAACGAGCAUGCCAUUCCUGCCAUCGAUAACUCGAGCUAUGUUACAUACGCCAAGACGACCUACGAUUCAGGACGUUACAAUGUUAAAGCCGAAUGGGAGGGCCUAUCAGGCUAUGACACUGGGGCUAAAGAAGGCGCCCUUUUCAGGGCUAAGAUGCAGUACGACGCGGGUAUGACUAUUCACGUCCUCAACUACGCCGACUUAUGGCCUUACCUGGCAGGAAAGGAGCUCACAGAGGAAGCUCUUACAAAUCUAGACGGCGAGAUCUUUGCGUCUCGUGGCCGCCAUGACAUUCGUGUAAACGCUGUUUACGUAGGCGGGAUUACCAAUGUUGAGCUCCUGCAGAUAAAGUAUGGCGACAAGUGGGGAACGGCCUAUGGAUCUGACGCCAUUGACAAAGCAAGCACCACAGACUUGGACAUCAAGGCGGGAGAGUAUCUCUAUUGGCUUGAUGUUUGGUUCGGCCAGAAGCUGGGUUGCGCCCAGUUUUGGCUGAAUAAUGGAAACAUGCUAAGAGAGGUGGGAAGGAGUGGAAGUACAAAGGGGGAGUUAUGGUUCGCGGAUCACCAGGUCACUAGUGUUUACGGGAUCAACUACGAGAGCCAUCCCCCUUCGGGUUUGGAGGGUAUCAUUGUUGGAUUCAGGCCGCUCUUUUUGAAGUGGGAUUAA